GGCGCACGAGACUCUCAAGUUUGUCCUGGUGUUUGGUGCAUCUCUUUGUCAAUGGGUUUUAAGAAGAGCAGCGUAUUUGUUGUAUGGGUCUCUCCUUGGGUGCUCUGCCUCCAAACUGCUGUCGGACUGGGCUGAGAGAAACCCUCCAUUGGCGAAGGCCAAGCGAAGGCCAGCCGUGCCAAUGGCACGCGGUGCUGUGCCGCUGAGGACGUGUUGUUCACGACUGACGACUGCUAUUGGAUUUUCAGGCACUAUUAUUAUCAGUCUUGUUACCUACUGAAAACCUGCUGUGCAUUCAGCCAUCAGCUUUCUGUUGGCACCCCCAGCCUCUUUGACCCUAUGCUGUUCUGCAGCUGUGGUUUUGGCAUUUGUCUUGGAAGGAGUUGCCAUCCAGAUGAUUAGCAUGGACCAUUUUCUAACCACUGUCCAGAGGCAAAACUACAGCAUGCUGCACUCCAACCUUUGCACCCCAAACACCCUCUUGAGCGUAGACUUGAACUUUAAACCAAGAGCCUUCACUCUAGUUCUCACCCUGUUUGUUGGGUUUUUACCCUGCCAGCUCGCUCCCCAGCGACACAGUGCACAACCUGCCUUCGGCAUCCAGUACGUGCCCGCAGCGUUGCUAGCACCUGCAUUGCCUGGCUGA